AUGGCACCCAUCAAACGCAUCGAACAAUGGGAAGUAGAACGCUACUGGGAAAUCUUCUCCUCCCUCUCCUCCGGCGGCACGCACCUCGACGGCACACAAGCCGCCUCAGUGCUCAAAAACUCCCAACUCCGUGACGACCAACUCGAGCGCAUCUGGGAUCUCGCCGACGUCGACAAUGACGGCCGACUGGACUUCGAGGAAUUCUGCGUCGCGAUGCGCUUAAUCUACGAUCUCAUGAAUGGCGAGUACUUGGAUGUCCCGGCCACUCUCCCAGACUGGUUGGUGCCGGAGAGUAAAGCGCAUCUCGUGCAAGCGGGACGAGCGGUGACUGGGGGUGGGGAACGAUUUAAUCGCGACUGGGAUGUGGAUGAUGAGACGGAGGGAUUGAAGGAUGGGUUUGAUUGGUACAUGCCCCCGAAUGAGAGGGGGAAAUAUGAAGACAUCUAUAACAAUUCGCGGAAUCUGCGGGAUGGCAGAAUUUCCUUUACCGCGCUGGCGGAACUGUAUGAGAGUUUGGAUGUGCCGGAUACGGAUGUGCGGAGUGCGUGGAAUUUGGUGAAUCCGAAGAGUGAGGAGGGGAUUAAUAAGGAUGCGUGUUUGGCGUUUUUGCACAUUUUGAAUAAUCGGCAUGAGGGGUAUAGGAUUCCGAGGAGUGUGCCGCCGAGUUUGAGGGCGACGUUCGAGCAGGGUAAGAUUGAAUAUCAGGUGGAUCGAGUGCAGACUGCUGCGGAGAAGUGGGGUGCGAAGAGGGAUGAUCAGACGUCGACGGGGAAAAAGGCCAAGUUUGGAGAUACUUAUCUCUCACGCUUGGGGGUUGGUGGGGAGAGGAAGCCCAAGGGGACGGAUUUCAGUUCGGCGCCGAGAGAUGAGGAGUGGGAGGAGGUGAGGUUGAAGAAGCAAUUGAAGGAAUUGGACGAGAAGAUGGUGAAGAUGGAGGAGGCUGCCAAGAGGAGGAGGGAACGAGGGGGACGGAGGGAUGAUUCUAGACCGGCGUUGGUCAAGAGAGAGCUGGAGCAGAUGUUGGAUUACAAGCGGAGGGAGUUGCGAGAUUUGGAGAAUGGAGAGGGAAAGGCCAAGACGGGGCAGAGUUUGAAAGAGUUUACAAGUGAGAUUGAGGUGGUCAAGGAGCAGGUCGAUGGCUUGGAGGGACACUUGCGGACCCGAGAGGCCAAGUUGGAGGAGUUAAGGGGUUUGAUAGAAGCGGAGAGGGCGGCUGGUCGAUGA